CCCUCAACCAGCCCUAACAGACUACAGCAUUCCUUCAAGAAGAGAAGCAGCACCUUGGCUUCUCUUUACAACCCCAUCAGCUUCUCAUCUCCAUUUACACUCCGCCCAUGGCGUCUUCUUUCGUUAGCUUAAAGGCUCUGAUAAGCCUGGCUCUUGCACUUUCUCUCUGUGUACAAGGCACCUUAGGAGGGAUAACGUGUGAGCAUCUGGACAAAAACACCUGCGCCUUCGCGGUGUCAUCAUCUGGUACUCGAUGUGUGCUGGAGAAGCACGUAAAGAGAAGCGGCGAUGAGGUGUACACAUGCCGGACGUCGGAGAUAGAGGCCGAUAAGCUCAAAGACUGGGUUGAAACCGAUGAGUGCAUUCAAGCUUGUGGGCUCAAUCGCAACACUUUGGGGAUAUCCUCUGAUGCCCUUGUAGAGCCUUGCUUCGUACAUAAGCUUUGCUCUUCCCGGUGUUAUGACAACUGCCCCAACAUUAUCGAUCUCUACUUCAACCUGGCUGCCGGAGAAGGCAUUUUUCUUCCUAAAUUAUGCGAAGCCCAAGGAGCAAAUGCUCGUCGAGAGAUGUCGGAGAUCCGAAGCUCCGGUCUUGUUGCACCGGCACCGGAGUCGGGCCUGUCUAUGAAUUCCGUCAUGGCACCUGCAAUGGCACCGACAACGAGCUUGACCGUGGACUAUGUUGUUGCACCUGCAAUGCCACCGAACUAAUUAGUAACGUUCCAUGGCAUUCAAAUAAUAAAACUCUCACAGCUAGCGUGUCAUUAGAACAUAAUAAAGCUAUGUAGAUUGCACAGAUUCACGUCUUGGGUGUUUUUCCUUUGUGAUUUUAUUGUAACAUUUGUGUGUCAUUUAGUGAUGAAUUAAAGCAAGAAUCUCAGAGUCAUCGAUGAAAGUCAUUUAGAUGGAUUUUUUUUCCUUCCCCCCAUAUGCAAGAAAGGAAUAGGGUCGUCAAAAAAGUCAAUGUAAGAAAUGUAUUGUUUGGCUGUGUUUGAGUAAUAAAUCAAUAGACUUAAAAGUCCUUUUUAA